AUGGCUUCUUCCUCAGCUUUUGAUUCCAGCUCUCUCUUUCGGGUCGAUGGCAUCGUUGCCGUCAUCACAGGAGGAGGAACUGGUAUCGGUCUGACUAUGACCCGUGCCCUUGCCUUCAACGGUGCUAAAAAGGUGUACAUCAUCGGGAGACGCCUCGAAAAACUUGAAGAGGCUGCCAGAGAGCACGAGAGUAUCAUCCCAAUCCAAGGCGACGUGACGUCGAAAGCAGACCUCCAAGCCGCUGUUGACCAGAUCACCAAUGAGGUUGGCUAUGUGAACCUUGUCAUUGCCAAUUCAGGCGAUAUCGGUCCACCGGUUCGCUUCAACCCGGACCAUUCAAUCAAAGAGCUCCGGGAAACCCUUUUCACCAACGCCAAUCCGGAGAAAAUGACCAAUACGUUGAAUCUCAAUGUCACUGCUGCUUUCUUCACGAUGACAGCCUUUGUAGAAUUGCUUGACGCAGGCAACAAGCAGGCACUCUUGGGCGGGUAUGGGAAGCCUGCCGAGGGCAGCAAGGUGCCCUUGAUCCAAAGUCACGUUAUCUUCACAACUAGCAUAUCGGCAUACAGCAGGCACUGGACCUCAUCUCCUGCAUAUCUCUCGAGCAAAGUGGCGAUCAUGCAAGUCGCCAAGCAUGCCAGUAGUCAGCUGGCACACCACGGGAUUCGCGUGAACGCGAUUGCACCAGGAAGUGAGUUUCCAGCAUUGCACCAUCCUGCACUUUGCAAGGAACGGCAAGCUAAUAACGUUACACUAGUCUACCCGUCCGAGUUGGCUGCUGUGCUUAUCAAGUCUCGAAAACCAGAAGAAGAGGUGCCUAGUGAUGCAGGAUUCGUCCCUGCGAAGCGAUUUGGCACUGAUGAGGAGAUGUCUGGUGUUAUCUUGUACCUGUCCAGCCGAGCGGGGGCCUAUACCAACGGGUCGAUUCUCACGACCGAUGGCGGCCGCCUGUCAGUCAUUGCAAGCACCUAUUAG